AUGUGUGUGGGAACCGACAGCCCGUGUUUGAUCCAGGAGGUCCGAGGCGGUCCCUCAGGAGGACUUGUCUUUGCUGUUCAUCGCUGGGAGUCCUGCUCUGCCACGUGCCUGGUUUUCCGGACAAGGAGGCCGACACCCGGCGAGGAGGGUGGCUGGGCAGUGGCAGGCUUCACGGGGGAGCUUGGCAGCAGGCAGACUCAGAGCCCCUUCAUCCACGUGAAAGGCUCCCGGACUAUUGGCGGCCCCUCCUGCCCCCCUGAGGGCAGCCCAGAAGGCAUGGACCUGAGUCUCACGGGCUUCCCCCUGCCCAUGUCCCGGCGCCCCAACAGCGCCUCUGCCGCCAAGCCCAUCGCUCGCUCCAUCUCUGUGGUCACGGGCAGCGAGCCGAGGAGGAAGGUGCUGGAAGCCACAGGGCCCGGAGGCUCCCGGGCCAUCAACAACCUGCGCAGGUCUAACAGCACCACACAGGUCCACCAGCCACAAGUCAGCCAGGCAUGGACCGGCCCCCUCAGCCUAGCAGAGCCCCCCGACUUCCUGAAGCUCUUUGAGGGCAAGCCCAGCGGGAGAAAGAGGCUGGCCAGACUGAGCAAAGCUUCUAGCGAGAAGGGAGCCACGUGGAACGUCCUGGAUGACCAGCCCAGGGCCUUCACCUUGCCACCUGAUGAUGCCCGGAGUCCGAGCACCCUUGACGCGCCAGUGGGCCCACAGAGGAGAGAGUGCACCGUACCCCUGGCACCCAGCUUCACUGCCAACAACAGGAGCAACAAGGGAGCUGUAGGCAACUGUGUCACCACCAUGGUGCACAACCGCUACACACCCUCGGAGAAGGCACCGCCCCCCAAGAGCUCCAACCACACGGCUCCCUCCCUCAACAAUAUCAUCAAGGCAGCCACUGACGAGGGUGAGAGCAGCAGCUUCAGGAAGCCACAGAAAAACGUCACCAGCAGCAACCAUGUGGCCCGGAACAAUGCCGUGGGCGCCAAGAGCCUGCUGAGACAGAAGGAGGUGACGGAGGAGGAGGCUGAGAGGUUUAUCCACCAGGUGAACCAGGCUGCUGUCACCAUCCAGCGCUGGUACCGCCACCACACACAGCGGCGACAAGCUGGGGCUGCCCGCCUGGAGCACCUGCUAGCGUCUAAGCAAGAGGAGCAGUGGCAGCGGCUGGGAGAGGGGAACCUCCUGGACCUGCACCAGCAGAGGGAGGCGGCCAGGAGGAAGGUCCGGGAGGAGAAGGCACGCCAGGCCAGGCGAGCAGCCAUUCAGGAGCUGCAGCAGAAGCGAGUCCAGAAGUUGGGUGGCGCUGAGCGUGGGCUGCUGAAGGAGGCCUGGGAGGCAGGGAAGUCCUGGCCCGCCCAGGAGCCGCCCCUGAGGCCGGGGAGCCCCACUCAGGCCCGCAAGGCCAACAACACUGGGGCCGGCUUCCACACCGCAGGCCUGGAGGACCUCUGCCCCCUUGCCCCAGACUCGUCCACAGAGCCCCGGCAGUUUCCAGAGGACAAGCAGCAGGACGCCAGCUCCCAGGACGCAGCCAGUGAGGACCUGGAGGUGGUGGGCCCCACCAGGGGCAGGGCCAAGUCCAUCGUGACCCUGGAUGAGCUGCUGGACACACUGAAGCUGCUAGAGGAGGAACCUGAGCCACUGCCCCACCCCAGGGCCUACCACAAGGACAAAUACGCCUGGACCGCUGAGGGGGAUGAUGCCAGCUCCCUGACAGCUGACAACCUGGAGAAAUUUGGGAAACUCAGCGUAUCCACCAGCCCUCCCGAGGAUGGGACGCUGCUCUCAGAGGCCAAGCUGCAGAGUAUCAUGAGCUUCCUAGAUGAGAUGGACAAGUCGGGGCAGGACCAGCCAGCCUCAGCCCCCCAGGGGCUUGUGCUGGAGGAGGGGCUGGGGCGCCUGGAGCCCAUGUCCGAGGUGAGCACGUCGGUGAUGCGGCUGAAGCUGGAGGUGGAGGAGAAGAAGCAGGCCAUGGUGCUGCUGCAGAAAGCGCUGGCGCAGCAGCGGGACCUCACUGUCCGGCGGGUCAAAGAGACCGAGAAGGAGCUGGGCCGGCAGCUGUGGCAGCAGAGAGAGCACUACGAGGCCACCAUCCAGCGGCACCUGUCCUUCAUCGACCAGCUGAUUGAAGACAAGAAGGCCCUGAGUGAGAAGUGCGAGGCUCUGGUGGCUGAGCUGAAGCAGGCGGACCGGAGGCUCCAGGAGAGGGAGGCCCAGAUGCAGGAGCAGCAUGAGCUGGAGAUUAAGAAACUCAAAGAACUAAUGAACGCCACUGAAAAAGUCCGCAGGGAGAAGUGGAUCAAUGAGAAAACCCGAAAGAUCAAGGAGAUUACAGUCAGAGGCCUGGAGCCCGAGAUCCAGAAGCUGAUCGCCAAGCACAAGCAGGAGAUCAAGAAGCUCAAGAGCCUGCAUGCGGCCGAGCUGCUGCAGGCAGACGAGCAGGCGGCCCAGCGCUACGGGCGCCAGGCGGAGGAGCUCCGGGAGCAGCUGGAGCGGGAGAAGGAGGCGCUGGGCCAGCAGGAGCGGGAGCGCGCCCAGCGGCGCUUUGAACAGCACCUGGAGCAGGAGCAGCGGGCCCUGCAGCAGCAGCGGCGGCGGCUCUACAGCGAGGUGGCCGAGGAGAAGGAGCGGCUGGGCCAGCAAGCAGCCAGGCAGCGGGCGGAGCUGGAGGAGCUGAGGCUGCAGCUGGAGGAGAGCAGCUCGGCGGGAGGCCGGGCCCUGAGGGCCGAGUUUGAGAAGGGGAGAGAGGAACAGGAGCGUCGACACCAGAUGGAGCUGAAAGCCCUGAAGGACCAGCUGGAGGUGGAAAGACAGAUGUGGGAGGCCAACCGCGCCAAGAAGGAGGAAGCAUGGCUGCUGAACCGCGAACGGGAGCUGAAGGAAGAGAUCCGGAGAGGCCGGGACAAGGAGAUCGAGCUGGUCAUCCACCGGCUAGAGGCCGACAUGACGCUGGCCAGGGAGGAGAGCGAGAGGGCCGCUGAGAGCCGCGUCAAGCGUGUACGGGACAAGUACGAGACAGAGCUCUCAGAGCUGGAGCAGUCGGAGCGGAAGCUCCAGGAACGGUGUGCGGAGCUGAAGGGGCGCCUCGGGGAGGCUGAGGAGGAGAGCCAGCGUCUGCAGGGCCUGGUGCAGCAGAAGGAGAAGGAGCUGGCCGAUGUGAAGGCGGUGAACGAGCAGCUGGCCGGAGAGCGGACCAGCCUGGCCCAGGUGAUCCACCAGGAGUUCGCUGACCGGCUGGCAGCCUCGGAGGAGGAGAACCGGCAGGUCAGGAGCGAACUGGCCGAGCUGCGGGCCCGCCAGCGGCUGGAGCUGGAGCAACUUACGCAGGCGAAGCAGGUGGAGCUGGAGGAAGUGCACAGGAGGGUGAAGGUGGCCCUGGUGAAGAAGGAGGAGGCCGUGAGCAGCCUCCGGAAGCAGCACGAGGCCGCGGUGAAGCGGGCCAACCACCUGGAGGAGCUGCUGGAGCAGCGCAGGCAGCCGCUCCCCAGUGCCCAGUGAGUGCCCAGUGCCACUGAUGGAAGGGCGACAGCAGCAGGGCUGGGGGUCCUGGCGUGAGGGGUAUGUCGCCCUGGCCCCACAGCUCCCCCUCCUUCCCCCAGCCCCGUGCUUGGGCGUCCCUUGGGUAGAGCGUCGUGGCUGUAUUUGAACAGUAAAGGGGUGUUUUUUGAUAUUUCUUGUGACCUUGCGUCGUCUCUUCUGGGCCAGGGUUCAUGGUGGCGGGGGCUGGAGGCCACCUAAGGGCCCCUCCACAGAGCAGCCAGGCGUGGGGUAUCCCCAGCCCAGCUCUGCUCUCGGACCAACCCCCCAUGCUCCCUGCCUGGGCCUGGCUGAGCUCCGUGGCACUCACACCCCCUCACCCGUCCGCUGUCCCCUGGAAGGAGUUCUGAGCCUCUUCCCCCACCCCUGCCAGGUACCCUAGCCCACAGGCUGCUGUCAUGUCCCCCCCAUGGCUAGAGACCCUCUGCUUCCUUCCCCGGCUCAGGGACACCCCCUGGAGGAGUGACAGCCUGGAGCCCUCAAGAAAUGGGCAGUAAACAGACCCUGUCCACAGGGAGGUGGAGGCCCAUCCUCAAAGGUCCUGGCAGGGGAGCGGGUGGGGUGCUUCUCUUCCCCUCCCUUCCACCGGGUGCCCUGUUGUUGCUGCUGCCCUGGCCAGGGGCAUGCUGGCCCGGGAGGCCCGCCUCGCCUACCCAGUGUCACACUCCUUGGCCAGCCCAGUGGAGGUGAAUCCCCUCCCUGCCUUGUCCUCUGUGGCCCUGGGGAGCCAGACACUUAGGGUGACUUUCAGAGAGAGAUGGUGGGGGAGGGCGGAUGGCUGUUUCUUUACAGCCAGAAAAGCCACAGAGAAAUGGACAGCACUUGACUUCCUCGCUCCCGACUGACAGCUUUCCCCUUCGUCUCUUCAUGCAUCCAUUCACUCAUUCAUUUGUUCCUUCGUUUGUUCACACGCAUAGGGUGGGUGCCCUUGCUGCGCCAGUCUGUGUUCCAUGUGCUCCCACGUCUCUGCUACCAUCACAGUUCUUUGUUUGAAUUUAACUCAAGUUUUAGUUGUCACAGAUAAUAAAGAUAAUUUGCUUCUAACUUUAA